UUUGCCACUUUGUUCUGCAAGAAAAGGGGCCUGCAGCCAUGAGAUGAUUCCUUUUUCCCAUUGAUUUUCAUUUUCGUCGACCGAUGACAGAGGAGAUAAAAAUAGGAGACUGGAAGCAAACGAGCUCGUGUAGCUCCAGCCGUAAGCUACCAAGUAGGCACUGGUUGUAGAUGGCAGAGAAGUCGGUAAGCAACUCCCGACCAACGAAAAGGCCAGCCGUCAGCACAGGCUGACCGCCCACGGAUAGAUCCGGCAGAAAGCGACCACGGGCUGAAAUUUCCCAUGGAAGCCCGCCUUGGCCUGAAUUUUUUCGCUGGCGACAACCCGAGGCUUUCGACGUGGUGGAAGUGGCUUUCCAUUUUAUUCAAUUUUUUGUGGUCGUUUGCAUCCUACGAGCCGUCUUCCGAGUUGCUUAAAAAUAGCAACAGGAGCCAAUCGUCAGACAACAUCUCGACAUCAUGUUCGCCGUUCCAGGUUGGUCGGUCUCCAGCUCCGGCCUCGCGCAGCAAUCCGAACAGCCCAGUCAGAAGGCGCAGCAGGCCAAUGGGUCGAAUAAACCUAAUGAUAAAUCCAACAAACGAAAGAGAGAGGACCAUGUCACCAAGGGAAAUGUCGAUCAGAUGUUCCGUCGGCACAUCGAAGGCCAGAAACCUACACCUAAGAAUGGGAAGCAAGGCCCCAAGGAUGCCGUGAAGGGCGACAAGAAGCAGAAGCAGGACCAGAAGCCGCAGGGAGGAAAGCCCCAGAGCCCGGCAAAGCAGCAAGAUAAGAAAGAGCCCAAGCACGAUCAGGAUAAGGAGGCUCAGCCUGCCGCCAAUAACGAAGCUGGCGCGGAUAAGGGAAAGAAAGCAAACAAGAGGCAGAAAAAGAACAAAAACAAGGAUGAGCAGCAGGCCAAUGGAGAAGAAGAUAAGGUCGUCUCUGAUAACACUUCCGCAGUGGCGAGCUCUCUUCCUGUGGCUCCCCCUAAGACCGAGGCUAUCCUCACGCCUCUUCAGCAAGCCAUGCGCCAGAAACUCAUUUCGUCCCGUUUCCGCCACCUGAACGAAACUCUCUAUACCACUCCCUCAACACAGGCACUGGAGCUCUUCACCUCCAAUCCUGAGCUGUUUGACGAAUACCACGCCGGUUUCUCGCGUCAGGUGAAAGAGUCCUGGCCGUCCAACCCGGUCGACGGGUAUAUUGCUGCCAUCCGCAGCCGAGGCAAAGGAUCGCCCCCCAAGAGGGGAAGCAAGCCAGACAACAAGAGCAGAGGACCUCAGCCCUUGCCUCGGCGACCGAACGGAGCGUGCACGAUUGCUGAUCUUGGCUGCGGUGAUGCCCAGCUCGCUCGCGCCUUGAUCCCUUCGGCGAAGAAGUUGAACCUGAAGCUUUCAAGUUACGACCUCCACGCUCCUGAGGGAUCGCUCAUCACCAAGGCUGAUGUCUCCAACUUGCCUGUCGAAGAUGGUUCCGUCGACGUGGCCAUCUUCUGUCUCAGUCUCAUGGGAACCAACUGGGUGUCUUUUGUGGAAGAAGCGUGGCGGGUGCUGCGCAGUGACGGCAAGGGAGAGUGCUGGGUCAGUGAGGUCAAGAGUCGUUUCGGCAAAGUGAACCGGAAGAAGGCGCAAAUCGGCGCUCGAAAGCCGCUCAGCAAGUCGGAGAAGAAGAAGCUGAAGAAGAAGCAAGAUGGCGACGACGACGGAUCGGAUGUGGAUGAUGCCGAUGUGUUUGCCGAGGACGCCCAACCCAAGAAUGACGACGAGACCGACAUCACGACUUUUGUCGAGGUUUUCCGGAGUCGGGGUUUCAUUCUCAAGUCCGAGACCGUGGACAAGUCGAACAAGAUGUUUGUGAAAAUGGAAUUCAUCAAGCAGGGCGGUGCGCCUGCCAAGGGCAAGCAUGCCUCUAUCGGCGGAACCAAACCCGGUCCGGGCAAGAAGAGAUUCAUUGAGAAACCGUCGCAAGCUGCCACCAUGUCGCCUGAGGAUGAGGCUGCGGCCCUUAAGCCCUGCGUGUACAAGAUCCGGUAGGCCAUCGCGGUUACCUAGUCACAUAUAGUAUAUCCUGUUGUACAUAUAAGCCACUGUUAGCUGCAUUCGUCCGCGGGGAAAUUUGUUAAAAAAACCUGCAACACCAAAAGUCCAACUGAAU